AGAAGACCGUCCGAGCGAUUGAGCCCGGGCGCGCCGUCGAAGGACAACAGCUUGGGCGCUCCGGUGCCGGCCGGAGCGAUCUCUGACUUCAUCAGCAGCAGCCCCGCGGUGCCGCUCCCCGCCGGCGUCACGGACUCCGCCACCGUCCUGCCCAUGCCCACCCCAGGACAACAACGGCGGGACGAUGUGGGGAUGGGCGCCCUGCAACUUCAAGCCAGGGCGGUGCUGUUUGCCGUUCCUUUCGUUAUGAUGCUGUCUUUUGGGGCUCUGUAGUCUGUAGUAGUGUAGUAGGUUUUCUUUUGUAACCACAAAGUUCCUCCUCUCUGUAGUAUGUAGCUCGUUCUAAGAUUCCAAGAUCGCCAUCUGUAAACAAGGUCACCAUGCUUGCUAAUUCCUGAAUUCAUAUUUCUCUUC